UUCAUUCACAUUCAUUACGAACAUCCUGUACGUGCCCAUCGCGAGAACGAGUGAUCGACGUGAUCGCCGUCUUGCCUAAAGAAGAAACCUAAGUGCUGGUUGCCGAUUGCUUCUCGUUCUUCUCGUACGUGCACUAUCUUCAAUGGCAUACCGCGAUCGCGAACGUACCGACAGACGAGGCGGUGGUGCACGCGGAGGUGGUCGAUUCGGCGGACGAGAUGGCGGCGGAGGAGGCGGGGGCGGUGGCAGUAGAUUCGGCAGCAGCGGUGGAAGCCGGGACAACGGUUUCGGCAACAGUAGCUUCAAGAACCGUCAGCCUGGGGAACGUCUUCGCAAGCCGCGAUGGGACAUGAGCACGUUACAGCCGUUCAGAAAAGACUUCUACCAGCCACAUCCGAACGUGAUGACUAGGAGUUUACACACGGUGGAGGCUUAUCGCGUCAACAAGGAGAUCACUGUGAAGGGGACCAACGUUCCAGGACCCAAUAUUUAUUUCGAGGAGGGCGGCUUCCCGGACUACGUUCUCAAUGAGAUCCGCAGGCAAGGUUUCGGCGAACCGACUGCGAUUCAGGCGCAAGGCUGGCCCAUUGCUUUAUCCGGUCGCGAUAUGGUCGGCAUAGCGCAGACGGGUUCGGGCAAAACAUUGGCGUACAUUCUGCCUGCGAUCGUGCACAUCAAUCAUCAGCCUCGGCUGAGCAGGAACGACGGACCGAUCGCGUUGAUCCUCGCGCCGACCCGGGAGUUGGCGCAGCAGAUUCAGCAGGUGGCGUCGGACUUCGGUAUGUCCUCGCAAGUGCGGAAUACGUGUAUCUUCGGCGGUGCGCCCAAAGGACCACAGGCGCGCGAUCUCGAACGUGGAGUGGAAAUUUGCAUCGCCACGCCGGGACGCCUGAUAGACUUUUUAGAACGGGGCACUACGAAUCUACGUAGGUGUACGUAUCUAGUGUUGGACGAGGCUGAUAGGAUGCUCGACAUGGGCUUUGAGCCGCAAAUUAGGAAAAUUGUAGAACAAAUACGACCCGACCGUCAAACGCUCAUGUGGUCCGCCACAUGGCCGAAGGAAGUGCGGAAUCUCGCGGAAGAGUUCUUGACGGACUACAUACAGAUCAACAUUGGCUCGCUGCAGUUGGCUGCCAAUCACAAUAUCCUUCAGAUCGUGGACGUGUGCGAAGAAUAUGAGAAGGAGGGUAAACUCAUGAAACUAUUGGAAGAGAUUUCCAACGAACCGGAAAAUAAGACUAUAAUAUUUGUGGAAACUAAGAGGAAAGUGGAUGAUAUAACAAGAGCUAUUAAUAGAUACGGAUGGCAAGCGAUUGGCAUCCAUGGAGACAAAAGCCAACAAGAGAGAGACUAUGUACUAAACCAGUUCCGGAAUAGCAGAUCAGCGAUCCUAGUGGCUACUGAUGUGGCGGCAAGAGGUCUAGAUGUCGAGGAUGUCAAAUUUGUGAUUAACUUGGACUAUCCGUCCAACUCUGAGGACUAUGUGCACCGUAUCGGACGUACGGGUCGCUCGCAGCGUACGGGAACCGCGUAUGCCUUUUUCACGCCAGGCAAUGCGCACAAGGCUAGUGACUUAAUCCAAGUUCUCGAAGAGGCUAAGCAAGUUGUCAAUCCGAAACUGUACGAUCUGUCGAGGAAUCCCGGCAUUUAUAAGAGGGGUCGAUACGGCGGUCGCAGCGGAGGUGGUGGCGGCGGACGAGGAUCCGGCGGUCGCGGCGGCUCACGCGGAUCUCGUGGUGGCCGCGAUGCACCAGACAGGAGCAGAUUCGACCGUUCCGGUGGUGGAGCGAGUGAUCGCAACAAAUGGGGCGGAAGUAGCAGCGGUGGAAUAACCAGCGGAGGAUACGGCGCCAAGUCCUUCCCUCAGAAUAGCUUUGGCGGUGGUGGGAGCGGUGGUGGCUCGAGUAGCUACAACCAAAACAGUGGCGGAUACGGGAGUAGCGGUGGCAGUUACAGACAACAAAACGGCUAUUGACUUCGCGGUCUCGAAUAUGGACAUUAGACGUGUUUAUUUUUAGCACCAUCUUCUGCACUCAAUUUCUUCGUUGUUCUUUUUUUUUUUCUCUUUUUCUUUUUUAAUUUAAUGAACCUUUUACAUUUUAUUGCGAAGUGCGAGAGUGAAAAAAUGUUAGGGGGAGAUGCGACUGAUAGAUAUUACGGAGAAGCGAAGAAAGGAGGAGGGAGAUUUUUCAUGAUGUCCAUGAUAUAGCUGUUCAUUGUUUCUUGUCUCUCUUAACGUGUUCGUGAGUUUAGGAGCGCGAUUCCUAAUCGAUCGCACGUUCGAUCGCGUCGUGUCAUUUACAUUCUCAAGCGCGCGUUAGCUUUCAUCUUUUUUUUUCCAGUAAGCGUAAGGACUGUACUAGCUAGAAUAAUUGCAAAUGAUUGCACGGUAUUAAAUUUAGACGAGCUUUCAACGAUGUAAUAGUAUUACAUACAGUGGAAUAAAGUGUAAGAACCAAGCGGGAGAAGGACCGAAA